UCGAACCACACUGCUCACUGCCCAGGCUAGCCAGUGCUGCAGCUGCACAUGUCGAGCAAUUAUGGAUUUGAAAUACUCCGCCGUUUUCCUCCUCGGUCUUCUUUUCUCAUGCGUUGCCAUGAGCGGGGCUGCCAGAAUCCUAGAGGAUACCGUUCCGUCCAAGGAGAAGCACCAGCCCGAGGUGCCAUCGCUUCCCAAGAUGGAGCUGCCACCGUUCCCAGAAGUGCACCUGCCACCUAAUCCUGAUCUACCCAAGGUGGAGCUUCCGCCGGUCCCUGAGGUGCACCUGCCACCCAAACUGGAGAUGCCCAAGGUGGAGCUGCCGCCUGUCCCGGAGGUACACAUGCCACCCAAGCCAGAGUUGCCCAAAGUGGAGCUGCCAGCGUUCCCAGAGGUGCACCUGCCACCCAAGCCGGAGAUGCCGAAGGUGGAGUUGCCGCCGAUGCCCGAGAUGCCCACUGUUCUCGAGAUCCACUUCUUGGAGCCGAAGGUCAAGCCAUGAGAACCACCCUUACCAACAUUGUUAUUUCGUUCUUCCUCGCUCGUACGUGUACCUGUUGCUGUGUUGUGUCGAUGAUCUGAUUGUUUAGUUGUUGUUUCUAGCGAGUGUUGUGAGUGAUGUGCUAAUAUAUUGGUAUAUAUACGAGAAAUAUACUUUCGCACCCUUUGGUCAUAA